GUAUACCUGACGGUGACCAAGUUGGCAUUGGCAACGCACGAUCCGGGCGUGGUCUCGGCUGCGGCUGUGCUGUUGAACACCCUGAUCGAGUCUGAGGUGGAUGGGAUCGUGGACAGCAGCGUCUUCUCGCGUGCCCUGGUCGACCUGGUCUCGCACGGUAAUGCCUCGACGUGCAUCGACCGGCGUGAUCUCGAAGACGGGGAGUCGAAGCUGGUUGAGCUUGUCUUUGGCGUCGCCAACGUCAUCCGCCUCCGCCCAGAGAUCCUACCGGCCUGGUUCUCGCCAGAGGAAAAGAAGGAUGGGUCCGGGGAGCCUCAACGGAUAGAUCCGUCGUUGAGGGCUGGUAAGGGGUUUGCAGGUGUUACUAGGAGAGACGACUUUCCACUCUUCUAUCUGUUGGUGGACUAUGUGCACUACGAAGGGAGGACGGGGGACUUUGCCCGGACAGGGCUGCUAUAUAUAAUCGAGACUGCAUCCAAGGUCAAGGAACUGGAGAGAUGGCUUAUCGAGAGUGACAUGGCUACGUUGAUGGCUAUUGGACUUGGUGCUUCCUACAGCCAACUCAGCCGGCUCCUGAUAUCAACCGACAGCCAUGAGGAUAUCCCGGCUAUCAUUGCGCUAUCAGACCACACUGAUCUGGAUAACACCGUGCAUCACUCGCACCAGGGCCAGCUAGAUGCAUUUCUCUCCUAUCUUUUAUUCUGGCAGGACGCCAUCGACCAUUGCAAAUCGCCCGAAGUAACUGACACGCUUCUCGACCACUUCCAGGUCUUGUUUCUCGAGCAGCUUCUAUAUCCCUCGCUGCUGGAAUCAUCCGACGUAGCAGGCGGUUCUACAUCGUCAGUGAUUACCUAUCUGAGCCGCAUACUGGAGUCCAUCUACCAGCCGGUCCUGGUCAACCGGAUACUAAACUUCCUGCUCGCUUCGCCAGCCAGCGAGCAGCAGCAUAUCAGGCUUACAUCGACCAAGAAAAGCCGUAUGUCGCUGAGCCGGCGAAAGUCACUGGAUAUACUGGCCUCCUUUGCUGAGGCGGCGGCCAAACCAUCUCCGACCCUAUUCAACCUGGUCGAUCUUAUCUUGAUGGGUAUACGGUCGCACAACCGGCAGACCGUUGUGGCAACGCUGCGGCUAAUAACGGUUGUGAUACAGCACCACCAUGAGUUUGCGAAUCUGCUGAUCAAGUCCGCAAGGGACCAGAGUUCCCAUCCGACGGAGCUGCGUACAGUGUCUGCGCUUAACGGAGAGGUGCAACGGCUAUUCACAUAUGCUACGGAUCUGCUAGAUGAUCCGGGUAUAGAGCCUUCGUACGAGAACUACAUCUCCAGUGCUUUGUCGGUACUCUACCAGCGGAUGCACGGUCAGAGCCAUGUGGUGCCGUGGAUCGUCGACGUCAGGGGAGGAGUGUUCUCGGGGAUGCUGGAUCUGCUGCGUCGGUUCUUCACGAACAGUGUGGUGACCAACCUGGCUCUGACAAACUCCCUUUCGGCCCUGGCCUCGUCCGACCUGAUAUCUCUGGACGGCUGGCUUCUGUCUCACCCUGAAGAGCCUGGUUCCAACGGCCAGACAGAGGAUUCUGCUGCUACUGCCGCCAACGUCGAGGCCACCAGCCAGACGAAGACCGAGACUGAGCCGGUACUGUCAGCCAUCCUUCAGCAGCUUGUCAAGCAGGUCCAGGACUGGCGCACCGAGAUCCCAGACUUUGAGCUCUUGCUCUCUGCUCGCCGGGAACUGCUGCACCGCGAGGACCAGUCCGAAGUCACCGGGACCGACACUCAGCAGGGCAAAGACGAGCAUCAGCAGUCUGUCUCUGCCGCAGACGAGUCGGAGACGGAGCCAGCACCAGCACCAGCACCAACAGCAGCAGCAGCAGCAGCAACAACAACUACAACUACAACAGCGCCGGCCGGAAGAGAGCCGUCUCCCUCGCCGCCACAGCUCUCGACCCGAGUCAAUGUCCAGCCACCGGCCGAAUCCUCCUCGCCCUCGCCGGCCACGCUGCACCCCCUUUCGCAAGCGCCAUCUUCCUCCCUCCAGGUCGUCCACGAGACACCGGGCUCCAGCACUGCUCCUUCUGAGGCCGGGGAGAAUGAAGAGGCCAGCGAGAAAGAGGACGGGGCUUCGCUGAACCAUAUCCUGACCAACGUCGUGAUACUGUACGAGUUCAUCCUGGAGAUCACCGCGCUGGUACAGGCUCGCGCGAGCGUCCUACAGGACGUCCGCUUCUAA